AUAACAUGUUCUCUUCCUACACUGGUUUUUCAAUUCUCAUAACAAAAUCUGUGACUCGUGUAGUGGUCAGCCCUCUUGAUCACACUCAUGAGCAUCUAUGAUGGUAACAGAAAAGGAGUCCAAAUGGAGUUUGAGAAGAAAUCACUCUCCUAAGUGGAAUAUUAAAGGUAUGAAUGUCUUUUUACAUCUAUAGAACAUAUGCCAUUUUUACUACUGCCAUUUGGUGUCAUGACCUUCUGAAUUACACUGGUGAAAAACUGUUAAACUAAAAAUGUGCUUUAUGUGGGAACAUCUAAAUUAACUAGUUUUAGUCAACUCCAAAAUAUAAUUUAACAUUACUGAAUCAACAUGAAUACAUUAGUUUACACUAACAAAACUAAUUUUAAGGGUUAAAUCAAGUAGAAACAGGUCCUUAAGGUAGCAAUUACAGUUUAACACUUUUCUUUUGCACAUAUAUUAACAUUUCAUUUUGUCAAGUCUUUAGGUUUGGAUCAACAUCAUUUUUUUUGUUGCAUGACUUAACUGGUAAUGUUAAUGUACUAUAUCAUCAUAUUGUGAUUUGUACAGUAUUAAUUUCUGAAUGUUUAAGAGCAGUUCAUGAAGUUAAUUUAAUGAUCAGUGAUGACUAGAAAAGCGGUUUAAUAAGUAGGAUGCAUCUGUUGAAACAGACGCUCGGAGUUUCAGAACAGGCAUUUUAUAUACCACAAAUCUAGGUCAUUGCCCCUUGAAAGAGCAAUGCAACUCUGAGAAAACAAGGUUGACAUAAAAAAAUGAAGUAUUGCUCAAGAGAAUGCUGACUAUUUAAACAGGUCACAAUCAUGCAUUUACUUUUCUGGAAACAAUCAGUACUUUGUGUUUUUUUUACAGUCUAUGAUACAGACAGGUUUGCAGCAAGAUAUGUGACACUUUUAUGAUGUGAAUGUCUUUAAAAUGGACGACUGUGUAAAAAGCAACCCACUUUUUUAUUCUGCUUGCAUGUUUUCAUUGGACUGUUCACACAUGUGCAUGUGAGAAGACUAGAACUAGGCAUGAAAUAUAAAAAAAUGACCUGACAUAUUAUUCACUCAUCAUUAAAGAGGCUCAGACCAAGAAAAGCAUGAAAUGGAUUUUUGUCAGUCGAGUCUGGCAAGUGGUCUUCCUUCUUCAUUUCAACUGCAAAUUCUGCAGUGAGUUAAGUUAUUGUGUCGAAAUUCUGAAGCUGCUUUGAUCGUUCAGUUUCUUCAAUCCCAUUUAUUAGUUACGUUUUUGGAGCAACCACUUUACAUUACGUAUGUCAUGAUGUUUUGGUCUAGCGGCACUCUCUGUUUAGGCUGCUACGGAAUUGUUUGUGCUGGAAAGUUGACAGUAGACUCUGACAUAAUUCACUUUGGCUCCAACUUGACAGUACACUGUAAGUCAAGCAUUCAGUGCUGUGGCAGACGCUUGACUUCAAUGGAUAGACCGUUUUUGAAACAACUAAUUGCUCCACGGUACAAACACAGAUAGCCAUCAACCAGACCAUAUUUUUGGUCCUCUGCAAGGUAAAGGAGGAUGACAGAUGGCACAUUGUUUGCGGCCGGGAUCUCAAGGCUGGCUCAAAAGCACAUCUCAGUCCCUCCGAUAUGAAAUGCCGAAGGAUGGUCAUGUCUCUAUUCCGCGAUCUGUGUUUGAUGAGACUGUGACCUACCAAGUCCAUGUAAGAGGGUGUAAUACACUAGGAGAGUCUAACUCUACUUUCACCUUCUCGGUUUGGGAUAGCGUGAUUCCAAGCACUCCAGAGAUUACAAAGAUUGCAUUUGAAAAGAGCUCCCUUUCUCCCACAAUAUACUGGAAGAGCUCAGAAGAUUCACUGAAACCAAGCCUAAGAUUCAGAAGAGCACAUGAUACACAGGACUGGGAAAAGGAAAUGGGAACAGUAAUGGAGUUCCAAGUUGGAAGCAUGCUGAUGCAGGACGUCUUAAAUCCAUUGAUGCCCUAUCAGUUUGAGUUAAGAGUGUGUGUUACUUCAGUGAACUGCAGCAUGUGGAGCCAUCCCUACAAUGCAACCAGCCCUGGAAUAGGUAAACCGGCCCCCAUUAUAACAUGUUUAACUCCAGAAGCAGGAAACAGUGUGUAUCUAGCCUGGGACUUGCCUUAUUACAAUGAGGCUUUGAUAGGAGUUCUGGGUUUUGUAGUUCAAUGGCAACAGAGCCCAGUGAUUAGGAAAAGACUACAAUUCUGCAUUCCUGAAAGGUUUGAAGCAACAUUUCAAUAUACACUGAGGAAGCCAGUGGAGUUUCUGUCCCUGCUUCUCAUCAAGAUUAUGCAAAAGAAGAGAGUGCACUGACUGGUCCAGAUGUAUCAAUUACCAUUGUUGGGGAAAAGCAAAUUCUGAUCCAAUGGGAACAGCAUGACCAAGGAAAACAGAGAGGAUUUAUUGCAAAUUAUACCAUCUACAUUCAGAGACACUGAGACAAGAGACUUACUGAGAACAAAACUGUGCCUCACAAUUUUUCUAGAUCUUUCAGCUGGGAACUGCUGGGUCCACAGAAAAGUUUUGAUGUCCUGAUCUCCACGUGGAACCAAAGGGACACCUCCGCGAAGGGCCCAAAGGAAAAGCUGCCAACUGCUACUGUCAAAAAAGCUUGAUGUGUGGGGAUAUAGCUAAAACAUAUCAACCUCUUCCAGACAACACGACAGAUGGAAUGGUAGCUGGACUUUGUUUGGCAGCUGCUGUUCUAAUGGUGAUUGUUUCCAAUCUGAUGUACCUCAAAUGCAUGCGGCAAAGAAUGAUGAAGAUGUGUAUGUUGAUGGGAGUCACUUGGCUUUUCGUAAAUGUACCUAAAUUUGACAAUAGCAAUGCUAUAAAACUUCUGAAGGACAACAGCUAUGGUAACUGGGGACCUCUCGCUGAGAACAAUGACUCCCCCUUAACUCCCAUUGAGGAAGUUAUUCUAUCUUGGGAGAGGCAAGACUCUUAUCCAACUGUGCUUCAUGAGGAUGUCACAGAAACACCAGUGGUUGUGCAAAUUGAUAUAGAUUGUCCUUAUAAACCUCAGUUAUUGAAUAUUUAACUGAAAAUGGAAGAAGAGACUACAGAAGAAGUGGUAAAGGCGGAGGAGGAGGACGACCAAUUUCCUUUGCUGGUGUCUCCAUCACUUGUGCUUCAUGACUUCGGUUGGGAUUUUACCAGCAUUCUUGUGAUCCAUGGGCAUUUUAAUAGCUUCUUAGCUAUGGAUGGGAUGCUCAGGUCCUUGAAUGUUCUUGAGGACCUUCUUUCCACCCCUCAGACAGUUUUUGAUAAAGACAGAAGAGUGGAAGAGGAGGAGACAAGGAUGGAAACAGGAGAUGUUAAGCAAAGCUCUUUCACAAGCCAGUCUGUGCUACCUAAUGACCUGCUGGAGAGCUGCCUAAGAGGCACAUAUUUAAUUCCAGUCCAUACUCCCCACAGGGGGAUUGCCGAAGUUUUUCGAUGCCAGAAAAGGUUUAGGCAUUCUGUUGUAAAGGAGUGAUUUACUGUACAUAACGCCUGCCACCAAACUUUAACAUCUUCAAUUGUGUACUGUACCAUAUUGGAAGUGAAUGCAUGCUGAAUUAAACUGUUGACAAUAAAUAUAGUCAUGCAAGGCAUUUUAAAGUAACUAAGUUGCACUAACAAGCACUUGUAUGACACCAUAAUGGA